AGGACUACAAAUCCCAAACUACACCGGCACGACGUAAACGUCCGCCUCCUUAAGAAAUGAUCGGUUUUGCUUCUUUCUGCUGCACCGCAGAAGUGACCAAACUGAAGUGAACCGGACAUGUACAUUUCGCAGAAUAUACUUGAAUGAAUACAUUUCUCCUCUAUUUAAUUUAAUCUCUCAACCAAACAAACAAAAAAAAAAGGAGGCGGCGCUAAGUGUGGCGAGAAACAUGGCGCAACAAAAUAACCCGGGAGCUGUUCAGUGCCCAGUGUGUUCACAGGAUUUUGAAGCCGCAAGCAUAAAUUCGCACCUCGACGUCUGCCUGCUAGAAGCGGAGCAGGGAGACCAGAAAGAAGACGGCAAAGCCGACACGCCGCCUUGCAAGAAAAGUCGCACGUCCGCUGACACGGCGGCGGCGGCUGAAUUCACGCCCGGCCAGGGCGCGCACUUGGCGGCGGCUGCAAGCCGCAGCGCCCCGUCCGCCGUGUUUUCCGUGUUUCAGGGCAGCAAAAGGACCAAACCGGGCGAACCCCAUGCUUCCGUCUCCUCUAAACAGGGGGGCUUCGCCAACACGAACGGGGCCGACCUGAGCCCGAAGGGCGUAAAAGCCCCGGGAUCUUCCCCCAGGGGGGUGCGGGCAGCGGGGGCAGAUGCUCCCCGGCCGGCGGCGAGCGGGGCGUCAGCCUGCGCCCCCCGGGGCCCCUGCGCGCCGGAAAGCGUCAAGCCGCUGGCGGAGAGGAUGAGACCGGACACCCUGGAGGAGUACUUCGGGCAGAAUAAGGUCCUGGGAGAAAACACGCUCCUCAGGUCCCUGCUGGAGUCGCAGGAAGUGCCCUCGCUGGUGUUGUGGGGACCCCCCGGCUGCGGCAAGACGACGCUGGCUCACAUUAUAGCCGGGAACAUCAAAAGGAACGGCGGGGCUCGCUUCGUCAGUCUGUCGGCCACCAGCGCCUCCACGGCCGAGGUGCGUGAGGUGAUCAAGCAGGCGCAGAACGAGCUGCGGCUGUUCAAGAGGCGGACCGUCCUGUUCAUCGACGAGAUCCACCGCUUCAACAAGGCGCAGCAGGACACCUUCCUCCCUCACGUCGAGUGUGGCACGGUGACCCUGAUCGGCGCCACGACGGAGAACCCCUCCUUUCAGGUGAACGCGGCCCUCCUGAGCCGCUGCCGGGUCAUCGUCCUGGAGAAGCUGUCCGUGGAGGCGAUGGAGGCGAUUCUGCUGCGGGCCGUCGGCUCGCUGGGGGUCGGGGUGCUGCAGGGAGACCGCGCCGACUCCGAGGACAGCGGCGACGGCUCUGAGCCACGGAUAUACAUUGAACAGAAGGCCCUCAGCACCAUAGCUCACCUGUGUGAUGGUGAUGCCAGAACCGGACUGAAUGGCUUACAGCUUGCUGUACAGGCCAGAAUCAGCGCCGCCAGGCUGGGCCAGGCCAGCGAGAAGACUCAACCCAUUAUAAUCCAGGAAGACCAUGUCAAAGAGGGCCUCCAGCGAUCUCAUAUACUGUAUGACAGGGCGGGCGAAGAGCAUUACAACUGCAUCUCUGCCCUGCACAAGUCCAUGCGGGGCUCCCAUGAGAACGCCGCCCUCUACUGGCUGGGGCGCAUGCUGGAAGGAGGCGAGGACCCUCUCUAUGUGGCUCGAAGGCUGGUGAGAUUCGCCAGUGAAGACGUAGGUCUCGCCGAUCCGAUGGCGCUGACUCAGGCUGUGUCGGCUUUUCAAGCAUGCCAUGUCAUCGGGAUGCCCGAGUGUGAUGUGAUCUUGGCCCAGUGCGCGGUGUACCUUGCCAGGGCCCCCAAGUCGGUUGAGGUGUACAAGGCCUACGGUAACGUCAAGGCGUGCCUCAGGAAUCACCAGGGCCCCCUGCCACCUGUGCCUCUGCACCUUCGCAACGCGCCGACCAGGCUGAUGAAGAACCUGGGCUACGCCAAAGGCUACAAAUACAACCCUGCCUUCAGCGAGCCAGUGGAGCAAGAUUACCUGCCGGAGGAACUGAAGGAGAUCAGCUUCUUCGACUGGACUCCUGCCAACGUGUAACCCUGCCCUGAGGCCAGGGCAAUACUGAACACGGUGUUGUCAUUUGACAGGAGCGCUUUGGGCUCAGCGGGCAUUGAUACCGAGCUGAAUAAGAAAAAAGAAACUUCGGGAUGUGGUAAUUAAUCUGCUUGGGGCAAUGUGUCCCAAACGUAAAAGGUCAAAUUCAAAAUACGCUCAGCACCUUGACUCGGUGCUAGUGUUCAUUGAGAUAUUGCCAAAAAAAACACUGAGCCAGGCGUUGUCACUCAAAUCAAAUUAGGUUUGAGCAUGCAAAGAGCAUGAAUCACAAAUGAUGCAGCUUUUUUGAGGACAAAGGGCAGGGAUGCUGAAUGGUGUCAGAUGAGCCACGUGUGAAAGCUUGCCCUGUUGUCCAAGUGAUAAGUGAGAAAGUUUGUGUCAGCUUGUCUUUGGCUGUGCUCGAGACAAUCAUUUUAAGAAGUUCUUAUUGAUUUGUGUCUGUACAUUUCAUACAUUUUCCUGCCGGUUAGAAUGUUAUAGCUGGACACAUGUACUGCCAGAAUUUUUCAACACUUUCAUCGCAAAGUAGAGUGCCCUUCAGUUACAAAGUGUUCCUCGUUCUGUAAGAAAUACUUGUUCAAUUUGUUCUUCUGCAGCAACAUUAGUACAGUAUGUGCAGGCUUGCUAUCUUUUCUCUCACUGGCAAUCUGAACAGAAAAAAAAAACUGUCAGCCUCCUAAAAACUUUAAAAUAUACAACUAUACGUUUUACACAAAUAUGGGACUCGCAUAAAUAUAAAAUACUUUAUGUUAAAGUUUAAAUAUGUUUUGUAAAACUGGAUGUAAAAAUAAUGUACUA